AUGUCUCAUAAACCAAUAGCAACGCUCUCAGGAUUUUCCCUUCUAGGCGGUAUAUUCGCUUACACAAAGUUCGGCUCUACCCCUUCCCUCAUCGGAUCGUUCGCAGUGGGUAGCGCGAUGUUGUUGUCUGGUAUGAGGAUAAGGGAUGGGAUGGAGUAUGGGUACGAAGGUGCAGUGGCCAGCUCGAUCGCCCUUGUUAUACCUACAUUAAGACGAACAAUCAAGACUCGAUUACCUAUUCCAGCGACCGUGUGCGCGUUGGCAACAGCAAGUACAGCGUAUUACGUUCAAGCCUUAAGUGAAUUUAAGAAACAUGCUAUUUAG